AUGGACGGAAAUCAACUUGUAGUAACUUGUUCGAUUUCACAGAAUAAAAAUUCUUUCAUACCUACCUACGCUCUUAUUGAUACCGGAGCAUCAGGAUAUGCUUUUAUUGAUGAAUCUUUUGUACGCCACAACAAUCUUACAAUGACCCCCCUCAAAAUACCUCGCCAUGUAGACGUUAUAGAUGGAAGGCCUAUCAAAUCAGGAAAAAUUACCCAUAUUGUCGAUGUCUCGCUAGACAUUCAUGGUCAUCGGGAAGUUGUGCCAUGUUUUGUAACGAAGUUAGGACACUAUCCGAUUGUGAUGGGGAUACCUUGGAUGCGACGACAUGAUGUUACGAUUCGACCAAAAGAAAAUCUACUUAUUUUUGACUCUCAAAGCUGUUGUCAACACUGUUCACUCAGUGGAACUGCAGUAAUUGUCUACGGCAUUUCAAUUCCCUUACCAGAAUACCACACGGUCAUCGUUUCAGCAACUGAAAAAUCUAUUGUCGACAUUGAACAACUAGUACCGAAGGAAUUUCACCAUCGUCUCCAUAUGUUUAAAGAAUACAAUGCUUCAAUUCUUCCACCACAUCGACCAUCCCACGACAUCGAAAUAAUACUGGAAGAAGGUAAACGACCACCAUAUGGACCUAUAUAUGGGUUGUCUCAAAUUGAGUUGAAAGCACUACGGGAAUAUCUUGAUGAAAAUUUACUUAAAGGAUUCAUUCGAGCCAGUGAAUCACCAGCGGGAGCACCUAUAUUGUUCGUAAAGAAAAACGAUGGAACUCUUCGACUUUGUGUUGACUAUCGAGGCCUAAAUGCGAUCACAAUCAAAAAUCGAUAUCCGUUACCAUUGUUAAAGGAAACCCUAGCUAAUUUGUCAAGAGCAAAAUACUAUACAAAGUUGGAUUUACGUUGGGGAUAUAAUUGUAACGGAGCCAUUUCAACUGUCUGGUGUAUGAGUACACACAGGGCCCGGUUACAUGCUGAGAGCUAUUGUUAG